GGGAUGCUAUAUAAAUAAUCCUCCGGCCAAGUUGCAGUUGACAGCGGAGACUUACGGCCGGCUCCGGAGUAAUCGUGACCGAGUAGAGGAGAUGCUGGACGUAGACUACGCGCAGUUUGAAGGGUCCCAGUAUGGAUAUAUGUUCCCCAAUGGCUGCAUCUAUGACUUGGACUCUUGCAAACAAGAAUCCACAUUUUCCUCCUGUCUUGGAGACCCUGAGAGCUCCCCAGAGUCCUGUAUGAACUGGCUAGAGAUGCAGGAGCCUGGAUAUGAAGCCUUCGAGGUAGGGCAUCUGGCCCAGCUGCAGAACGUCCAAGUCUCCUACCUGCAUGGCUCUUAUCCCCAGCUCUCCAUGGAUUCUAUCUACAGCCAGGAUGGAGUGAUACCCCCACAGAACAUGUGCCUUGUGCCCAAGGAAGACUACAACACACAGAUGUACCUCCCCUAUGACCAGUACCCUGUUCCUGGGGAAGCGUCUAGCCCCUCAUCUGAAGAAGAGGAAUUCCACGGGGAUAGUCGGAAUCUGGAAGUGUCUUCUGACAGCGAUUUGGAGGAAAAUCUCUCGCCCGGAUUUGAUUCAGGCUCCCGGAGGAAGUUGCGCCUCUACCAAUUCUUGCUGGAGCUCUUGGAUCGCGGUGACAUGAAGGAAUGUGUGUGGUGGGUGCAACGUGAUGCCGGCAUCUUCCAGUUCUCCUCAAAGCACAAAGAGGUCCUGGCACAUCGCUGGGGCCAGCAGAAGGGCAACCGUAAGAAGAUGACUUACCAGAAGAUGGCCCGGGCGCUGCGCAACUACAGCAAGACAGGCGAGAUCCGCAAGGUGAAGAAGAAGCUCACGUACCAGUUUGGGACCUCUCUGCUGGGCCAGUCGGCCCCCUCCUAAGCCCCCUGACCAGGAGCAUGAGGCUGGGACAGUUGACAACAAUCAGAUCUCCAUUCUCUGCCUUCCCCAGAAUCUCAUUCUGGUGUCCAUCAGCCAACCCACAUGGAAGCCUCUUCGCUGGCAUGCUGUGGCGGGAAUAGACAUGAAGACCUAAAUGAGGGGGGUGAGUUCUAGUGGGUUACAGUAGAAUAGGACAGGGGCGAAGGCACCUAGAUGCUCUGCCAAAGCAGGGGUUGGGGAUUUGCACCGGGCCUGCUGGACCUUUCUUGGAAUGGAUGUGGAUAAAAUAUGAUACAGCAGAGAUAGGCAUGGGAGCAAAGCAUUCUGGGAUCCCUAGCAGGCAAUUGGUCUUUCCUGGGUUGAUUGGGAGUGAGGACUCUCAACAGCCCUUUUGGCAGGGUCCAGUCCAUAUUUUUCCUUGCUGGGAGUAAAAAGGGGGUGGUGUGGGGGGACGCUAAUCACAUUGGUGAGAGUGGGGAGUGGAUCCAUGCGGUUACCUUCUGAUAGGUUGGGGGGCAGAGCUACACUGAGAUGGAAACCAGGAGGGCAGUGGUACUCUGGGUGGGUGGAUUUGCACAGCUGGGCUGGGGCCAAAGUUUGGUCAAAGGGCAUCCCUGAAUUCUCUGUCUCCACUGCUUCAGCUAGCAAGUUGGGCAACUGGUGGCUUAAAAUGGAGGGAGAUUUUGUGAGUAUCAAUGCAGGGUGCCAGGUUUUCCAGAAGGAGAAGGAGAUUAUCUCUCUCAGGUGGGGCAGGGGCACCUAAAUCUCUUGCCCCAAGAAUUGUAUAUGUAUGUGUAUAUAUAUAGUCAAGAUGUUUAUUUAAUACUAUAAGGUCUGGGAGUGUUUUUCAAAUCUCCAAAAGUUUUUUUGUACAAAAUCUGAUUUUUUAAAAAAAUUGAUCUC